ACUUUUAUUUCCCUUGAGCGGUCGGUGCCGCACCCCACCUUGACCUGCACGCGGACCCCUCUGUUUGCCCGAUUCGAUUUGGCUCUAGAAUGACCAGCGAGCAAAUCCACCAAUAACUCUGGCAACCACUGCUGCUUUUUCUUGAUGUUUUGUUUUCCGACUUCCGCCUUCUGAGCUUCUCAUCACCAAAUCGCCACCCGGGAACAUACGCCCGUCAUGGCCUCAACAUUGGAUCACCUCGCCCAGUUGCUGAAUGCAACUUUGGAUGCGCAGAGCCAUCGUAAAGCUGAGAAUGCCCUCAAAGAGGAAUCGAAGAAGCCGAAAUAUUCCUUGUCGCUCCUUAGCAUCGUGAACGCCGAUGCUCAACCCCUCAAGAUCCGCCUCGCCGCCGCUCUCGCUUUCAAGAACUUCAUUCGCCAUAACUAUGUGGACGAAGAGGGCAACUACAAGCUCCCUCUGGAUGAGGUGCAGACCAUCAAAUCAGAGCUCGUUGGGUUGAUGAUUUCAUCUCCCCCCACAAUACAGACCCAGCUUGGCGAAGCCAUCAGCAUCAUUGCUGAUUCGGACUUUUGGGAGCGCUGGGACACUCUUACCCAGGACCUCGUCAGCCGUCUGUCCAAUACCGACUAUAAGGUCACAAACGGCGUUCUGGAAGUUGCCCACUCGAUUUUCGUGCGGUGGCGCCCUCUAUUCCAGUCCAACGAACUAAACAGGGAGAUUCUACAUGUUGUCGGGGUUUUCGGAGAGCCGUUCGUCCAGAUGCUCAGCAUCGCAGACGGGCAAAUCGAGGCAAACAAAGACAAUGCCAGCGCACUCAAAGGCUGGCUCGAAACUAUGAGCUUGUUGAUAAGGAUCCUCUAUGACCUCUCGUGCCAAGAUAUUCCGCCCGUCAUCGAGACACACCUGCAACCCAUCACCGUGCUCCUCCACAAGUACAUCACCUACACAAACCCCAUCUUUGACGGCGAGGAGGAUGAGGCGACGCCGCUCGAGACACUCAAGUCGGACAUCUGCGACGUACUCCAGCUCUUUACCAACAAGUACGACGACGACUUUGGCCAAUUCGUUCAGGAGUUCACAAACAAUGUCUGGAACGUCUUGUCAAGCGUGGGUCCGGAGAAGAGAUACGACACCCUUACAAGCAAAGCGCUGCAGUUCUUGACGGCUGUUGCCUCGGUGCGCCGUCACGCCGAGAUUUUCAACAACGAGCAAAUUCUGGGCACAAUUGUUGAGAAGGUGAUUCUCCCUAAUGUUGCGCUCAGGGAGUCGGAUGUCGAAAUGUUCGAGGAUGAGCCAAUCGAGUUCAUCCGGCGCGACCUCGAGGGUUCCGAUACCGACUCGAGGAGGAGAGCGGCCACCGACUUCCUCCGCAAGCUCCUUGACAACUUCGAACCUCUUGUCACGCAGGUGGUCUUCAGGUAUAUCAACCACUACUUGACCGUUGGCAAGACGGACUGGAAGGCGAAGGACACGGCCGUCUACCUUUUCCUAGCCAUCGCUGCCAAGGGUGCCGUCACUGCCGCACACGGCGUCAAGACGGUCAACAGCUUCGUCAAUGUUGUUGAGUUCUUUGAGCAGAACAUCGCCGCGGACCUUCUCACCGAGUCGACCGAACCAAUUUCGAAAGUGGAUGCCAUCAAAUACCUAUAUACCUUCCGCAGUCAGCUCAACAAGGCUCAGUGGGCCAGCGCCAUCCAGCCUCUCAUUCAGAACUUGGCCUCGUCCAAUUACGUCGUCUACACUUAUGCGGCGAUCGCAGUGGAGAGGGUGCUAUUCCUGACCGAUGAGCAGGGCCAGCACUUGUUCCCGCGGAGCGAUAUCCAACCGUAUGCCAAGGACCUGCUGGAACAUUUGUUUGCCCUGAUUGAGAAGGACACAUCCUCUGCGAAGCUUCAGGAGAAUGAAUUCCUGAUGCGCUGCAUCAUGAGGGUUCUGAUCGUCAUGAAGGACGGGAUCCUUGAGUGUGGGGCUGAGGGUGUCCUGAACCACUUGAUCAACAUCACCAACGUGAUUAAGGAGAACCCCAGCAACCCGCGUUUCUAUUACUACCACUUUGAGGCAAUCGGUGCCCUUGUGAGGUACUGCGGUAACUCGCCUAAGCUAGACAUGCUUCCCCGGUUGUGGACACCUUUCGUGGCCAUCCUUCACGAGGAUGUUUCUGAAUUUGUUCCCUUCAUCUUCCAGAUCUUCGCUCUGCUCCUCGAGCUCAACCCUACGAACCAAGUGCCCGGCGACUUCAAGCUGCUCAUUGAGGCGGUCCUCGCACCUGGGCCGUGGGAGACGAGGGGCAACGUGCCACCUCUGUCGAGGUUCAUCGCUGCCAUCAUUCCCAAGGCUGCAGAGGAAAUCAAGGCCGAGAACAAACUGGAGCCCUUCCUUGCCAUAUUCCAGCGCUUGCUGACGGGCAAGAAAACGGACCAAAAUGCAUUUGACAUUCUCGAAGCUAUCGUUGGCACUUUCCCUGGCGAUGUUUUGGAGCCUUACUUUGGGACAAUUAUCACGCUCAUCUUCACCAAGCUGCAAUCGAACCCGACCGACUCGUACAAGUCUCGUGUGGCCCGCUUUUAUCACUUGGUUUCGGCGCGCGGGGGCGAGGCCAGGAUGGGCGCCGACUUCUUCAUCAGGCAUGCCGAGGCCAUCCAGCAGAAUGUAUUUACGCCCUUCUACCUCACCGUCAUCCUGCCCACGACGGGCCAGUUUGCCCGUCCUGUCGACCGCAAGCUCGGCGUCAUCUCGUACACCAAGACGCUGUGCGAGUCGAAGCAGUUUGCCGAGCGCUACCAGAAGGGUUGGGGCUUCACGUGCAACAACCUUCUGGAUCUGCUCAAGAACCCGCCGCGCGUGGCCGCCGGGUUUGGCGACGAGAUUGUCAACGAGGCGGACGUGGACGAUAUAGGGUUUGGUGUCGGCUUCACCCCACUCAAUACGUGCAAGCGCGGGUCCCGUGACGACUUCCCCGAUAUCGUGGAGGUGGACAAGUGGGUUAGUCAGUAUUUGAAGGAGGCGAACCAGCGCCUUGGCGGCCUGGUGGCCACUUUCGUCGAGCAGCGGCUGACGCCUGAGGCGAAGGCCGCUUUGGCGCCGUACUUGGCUUAAGGCUCAAUUGGGCAGGGGGUUUGCUGGUGAAAUUGAUUUGGGGUAGUUCAAGAUGGUUUGGAGCGGCGUGGCACGACGUUGAUUAGAUGCUCGGCAGGCGGAA